AGUUUGUUUUACGCAUUCUGGCGUACAUACACACCACACAUGUGCAUGCAUGCAUAAAUGUACACGUCGGGACUCAGAGUUUGCACACGUGCACUGGAAUACAGGCGUCUACACACCAUCAAGUGAAAGUGGCCUGCAGAGGCAAUACUGACCACGCAGUGCAGAACAACGUGAGGUGACCCAGAGCUGUCCAGACACAUCCUGGUGCCAAUACAGUGAAUCCAGGCAUCCAAAUGCCCACAAUGGCUACACGUUUGAGCCUCCUCAUGCUCGCUCUGAGUGUUUCUGGACAAGAAUAUCCGUCGAGCCCUCAUGGCUGCACCGAGGGAAGCUGCUACCCUGCAACAGGAAACCUUCUGAUUGGACGGGCUGUCAACCUUACCGCCUCCUCUACUUGUGGGUUGAAUGGACCACAGCAGUAUUGUAUUGUCAGCCAUUUACAGGAGCCAGACAAGUGUUUUGAGUGUGACUCCCGGCGCCCCUACGACACGUACCGCCACAGAAACAGCCACCGCAUCGAAAAUGUGAUUUACCUCAUGGAUGCCAGAGACCCCAGUGGAGACCACACCUGGUGGCAGUCUGUCAACGGUAAGGAGGAUGUUAGCAUCAGACUGAACCUGGAGGCCGAAUUCCACUUCACACAUCUUAUCAUGAAGUUUAAGACUUUCAGACCUAAAGCUAUGAUCAUCGAGCGUUCAGCAGACUUUGGGCGCACAUGGCGGCCCUACCGCUACUUUGCUUCCAACUGUACCAGUACCUUCCCUCGCAUCCCUGCCAACCGCUUGCACCACAUUAAUGACAUCAUCUGUGAGGAACGCUACUCUGACAUUGAGCCUUCCACUAAUGGAGAGGUUAUUUAUAAAGUCUUGGAUCCAGCGAUUCCUGUAAAAGACCCUUAUAGCUUGGACAUUCAAGAACUUCUGCGCAUCACCAACCUUCGGAUCAACUUCACAAAGCUCAACACUCUGGGAGACGACCUGCUGGACCGCCGCUCUGACGUCUUGCAAAAAUAUUACUAUGCCAUUUAUGAGCUGGUUGUUAGAGGGAGCUGCUUUUGUUAUGGACAUGCUUCAGAGUGUGCUCCAGUGCCAGGGGUCAACACCCGGGAAAGUGGCAUGAUUCACGGUCGCUGUGUUUGCAAACAUAAUACUGAGGGUCUGAACUGUGAGCGUUGCAGAGAUUUCCACAAUGAUCUGCCGUGGAGACCAGCGGAGGCAGAGAACCCUCACACAUGCAGAGAGUGUAACUGCAAUGGUCACUCAAACCAGUGUCACUUUGACAUGGCGGUGUAUUUGGCCACGGGCAACACUAGUGGAGGAGUUUGUGAUGAUUGUCGGCACAACACCAUGGGACGCAACUGUGAGAUGUGUAAACCUUUCUACUACCAAGACCCUAAUAGGGAUAUCAGGGACCCUCGUGUUUGUAUUGCCUGUGACUGUGACCCAGUGGGAUCAUUGGAGGGAGGCGUGUGUGACAGCCACACUGACCUGGACAUGGGGAUGAUUGCAGGACAAUGUCGCUGCAAAGCCAACGUAAAAGGCAUGCGUUGCGAUGACUGCAGGAAGGGUUACUACGGACUCAGCCAGAACGAUCCUCUGGGUUGCCAGCCUUGUAAUUGUGACCCUCGUGGAAUCAUUAAGAUGAACGCUCCCUGUGAUCAGAUCAGUGGGGACUGCUCCUGUAAAAGAUAUGUCACUGGACGCUACUGUGACCAGUGUCUGCCUGAAUACUGGGGGCUCAGUAAUGAUCUGGCUGGCUGCAGACCUUGUGACUGUGAUUUUGGUGGAGCCUUCAACAACAGGUGCAUGAUGGAAAAUGGCCAGUGUGACUGCAGGAUGCAUCUAAUAGGUCGACAGUGUUCAGAAGUGCAAACUGGGUAUUUCUGUGCUCCACUCGACUACUACAAAUACGAGGCUGAAGAUGCCAGUAGACACUCUCCAAGUGACUCCAUUCUGAUGGGCAAAGUUCGUCCUCAGGCAUCAGAUGACUGUAUUCAACACCUCAGUAACCAAGCGAGGAGGCAUCGGCGACACGGCCGCAUUUCCAGCUCACAGCAGCAUCAGGCAGCACUGAGACGCAUCCGGCAGCUUCAGCAAACACCUGAUGUGACGACUGUUCAAAGGGAGCAUGCGCCCAGUCACAUGGUGACGUGGACCGGGACUGGUUUUGCCCGUGUCAAAGAUGGUGCUGGUCUGGUGUUUACUAUCGAUAACAUCCCCUUUGCCAUGGAGUACGACAUCAUGAUCCGCUAUGAGCCAGAGUCCACAGAGGACUGGGAGGCUAUUGUCAGUAUCACCUCCGUAAUGCUGCCCUCAAGUGUGCGAUGUGGAAACCUCCUACCUACUGAGCAGCUCUACACUGUAACCCUGCUGCACAACAACAGGUACGUCAUGCUGUCCAGGCCGUUUUGUUUUGAGCCCAGCAAUCGUUACGUGGUGGCGAUUAGAUUCCAGCGUCAUGGAGUUACACACAGACACCUAACAGCCUUCAUUCUUGUUGACUCGCUGGUACUGAUCCCCAAAUACGCUGAACUGCCUGGCUUCCACGGUAAUACGCCAGCAGCAGAGCAGAAUCUCAAGGAUAUGAGCCGCUACAUGUGUCUUGAUUCCUUUAUGAUCACACCAACGCCCGUCGUGGCUGAAAUGUGCUCUAAACUCAUCUGCAGUAUUUCAUCCAUCAUUCAUGAUGGCGCGCUGCCCUGUCAGUGUGACCCUCAGGGUUCCCUCAGCGGUGACUGCGAUAAGGUCGGAGGUCAGUGCCGUUGUAAACCCAACGUGAUGGGACGACACUGUGAUCAGUGUUCCCCGGGAACCUAUGGCUUUGGUGUUCAUGGCUGCACUGCUUGCGACUGCCACCCUGAGGGCUCUGUGAGUCAUCAGUGCGACCCAGUCACAGGUCAGUGCCCAUGUAGGCACGGAGCCACCGGACGUCAGUGUUCAGACUGCCAACCCGGCCAGUGGGGCUUCCCCAACUGCAGCCCCUGUCAGUGCAACGGCCAUGCGGAUAUCUGUGAUCCCCAAACAGGUGAAUGUAGGGGCUGCAGGGACAACACAGCCGGACAUCUCUGUGAACGCUGUGCAAAUGAGUUCUUUGGAAACGCCAUACUUGGCUCAGGAGAGCACUGUCGCCCCUGUCCCUGCCCCGGUUACCCAGACUCAGGUCACUUUAAUGGACAUUCCUGUCAAGCUGACCUUACCUCUGAUCAGAUCACAUGCAACUGCAAACAAGGCUACACGGGUCCCCGCUGUGAUCAGUGUACUCCUGGUUAUUAUGGCAACCCCAAGCAGCCCGGUGGGCAGUGUUUCCCAUGCGAGUGCAACAACAACAUCGAUCCCCAGGAUCCUGAGUCAUGUGACCCCAGUACUGGCGAGUGCCUCAGGUGUCUGUACCAUACUGAUGGCCCGUCUUGUGCCCACUGUGAACCCGGUUAUUAUGGCAAUGCUUUGGUCCAAGACUGCAGAUGUUGCACCUGUGUGUCUGCUGGUACCCUGCAAUCUGCGUGUCAUGAUAGACAAUGUCACUGCGACCGUCGCACUGGAGCCUGCCCAUGCAGGGAAAACGUGACCGGCCAUAACUGUGACCAGUGUGCUGCUAACUAUUGGAACUAUGGUCAGCAAAGCGGCUGUGAGCCUUGUAACUGUGACCCACAGCAUGCCCUGGGAUCUCACUGCAACAUGUUCACAGGCCAGUGCCACUGUCAGGCAGGCUUUGGGGGCAAACAGUGCACAGAAUGUGAGCAGUUUUACUGGGGAAACCCACAAGUGCAUUGUCAAGAGUGUAAUUGUCACCCACUGGGCGCAGAGGCUGCCCAGUGUAACCGCACAACGGGGCAAUGUGAGUGCCGGGCCGGAGCAGCGGGAAAGCAGUGCAAUGAAUGUGCUCGUGGCUUCACAGGCGUCUUCCCUGGGUGUGUCCAGUGUCACCCAUGCUUCCAGCUUUGGGAUGACAUUGUUUGCCAGAUUAAAAGGGACUUAGACUACAUCCAGUACACCGUGAAAAAGUUCCAGGAGAAUGGGGUCACACCUGGAGUCGGGGACAGUCGCUUCAAAGAGCUGGAGAAGAAACUGAAGCAGGUGACGGAUCUCGUCAGUAGAGAGGAGAGCGACAGGAUUCAUCAGCUGAUUGGACAGAGCAUUGAUGACCUCAGAGCUGAGAUCGCCCUCACGGAUGGACGUCUAAUGGGUAUCGCCCGAGAGUUAAACACAACAGCCGAAGAAGAAAAGGCCAUAAAAAACACUCUGAAUGACUUAGAAAAAAUGUUAAUGGACGUCAACACAACCGUGGUGCACAAGCAACAGUUGCUAGAUAACUACCUCACUUCAGGAUUUUCAGAUCAAUUUGAAAAAGUGAAGAAGUACUAUCGGGAGUCAUUGGAGUCCGAAGAGAGAUGCAACGCCUCUGUAUCGGGUCCUGUACGAGAGUCCAAAGAGAUCCGAGCAAUCACUGAGGACCUCCUGAAUGCUAAAAAAGAUAACUUUUUCAAGGUUCUUGCUGCUCAGAACAAAUCAUUAAAUGAUCUGCAGCAGAAAGUCGGCAACCUCGAUGAUAGGGUUCAUCACCUCAGUGACAAGGUGUGUGGGGGUCACAGCAAGGCCGAUAUCAAUGGCAGUUGCUCAGACAGGCAGUGUGGUGGUGCCGGUUGCCGUGACGAUCUGGGGAACCGUGUAUGUGGAGGAGAUGGCUGCAACGGGACAGCAAGCUCCUCUGUAACAGCACUGUCCCAAGCUAACAGAAACAAAGUUAAACUGAACCGUCUCAAUGAGGGUCUCCAAGGGGUUGAAAAAAAGCUCCAGGAUAUAGCUUCCCUGACAGAGAAUGUGAAGAACCAGGCGAUGAAUGCGCUGGAGAAAGCCCAGAAGAAGAAGGACCAUUUUGAAAACAACAACAAAAAGCUAAAAGAGUUCAUUAAAAAGAUCAGAGACUUCCUCAUUGAGGACGGAGCUGAUCCAGAGAGCAUAGAGAAGGUUGCACAACAGGUGUUGUCGAUCAGGCUGCCACUUAACAGGGCUUCUCUGGACAAAAUGAUUGUGGAGAUAAAGGACCGCCUUGCCAACCUCACCAGCAUUGAAGGGGUCGUGAAUGAAACUUCACAACACAUUAGGAAAGCUAAGGAGCUCCUUGAAGAGGCUAAAAAUGCCAAGAACCGAGCAGUGGGAGUGAAGGAUUUAGCCAGUGACACAAAGAAGGCCUUAAAUGUAUCUGAGAAGGCCAUAGAGGAAGCCCGGACAGCCCUGAAGGAGGCCCACAACAACUUAAACAGCACAAAGAACGCUACUGCUGAGGUGGAAAAGAGGCUGCAGCAGCUGGAGAACAAGCAGACGGAAGUCAUGAUGCGUUUAAACAACCUCUCCAUGGGGGUAGAGGCCCUCAGGAACAAGACGGAGAUGAACAGGCAAAUGGCAAAGGAUGCCCAAGCACUGGCUAAUAGCGCCACUCAGCAAUCUUCUUCAUUGGAGCAAAAACUCAACGACACUGAAACACGGUACCGUGAGCUGCAGAUGAAGUUGGAGUCUCUUGGGGGGGAUUCUGGGAAUGUGACCAACAUCCAUCAGAAGGCCAGAGAUAUGAAGAAUGAUGCAGAAGCUCUCUUAAGCAAAGCCAAGGGUGGCAUAAAAAAACUCAACGAACUGGAGAAAAAGUUCAAGAACAACGAGCAGCGGAUGCAGAAACUGCGCGAUGAGCUGGACAGUCUGAAACAAAAUGCCACUAUGGUGCAGAAUGAGAUCCGGGAACAAGUACAGAAGUACAGCAACUGCUAAUGAUGAUGGGGCAGUUCCCAAUGUGUCAUUUGGUGCUCUGGUAGAAGAGAGUUAUGUCAGAUGCUGUGACUGGAACAAACAUUACCCAUGAAAACGAAACGCUGCUCUGGAGAUACCUCUAUUAUUUCGCUCUAUUUCAAGUUUUAGAAGUCACCCAUCAAGUGUUUUAUCACAGGAAUGCCUUCCUUUGUCCAUGUACUGUACUUUUUCACUUCUUGAUAUCAAAGCUUCAUUGUGUGGUUUUUAUGUGUUUAAGCUAUAUCAACGAGUGAAUUACCUGUGGAGAUGUUUGUUUCAUGGUAAAGACUAUGAUCAUUGUAUUAAUUGAGUUCAUUCAUAAUAAACUUCAGGAAUAUAUCGGAUUAUAUUAUCAGAAAGUUACUCUGGCCAAAGGGGCUUCUAAGAUUUUGAGUGUAUUUGAUGUAAUUUGAAACCAUUAGUAAGGCGUACCUUGCUGUUCUUUUUUACGAAAUUUGUGGGAAAAAAGUUUGACUUUUGGAUGAAAUUUGAUUUUAUUGUGUAGAAUGAAAAAUAUUUCACACACAAAUAUUCCCUGUUAUAUGUUGACAGAGACAAAUAAAUUUUAUACAGUUUAUGUAGAUUAAUUACA